GGAUGUUCAUGAAUAAAUUAGCUGCACAUGAUAAAGAAGCAGGCUGGAUUACAUUUAGCAUGCACUGAUAGACGCUCAAAUACUGCAUAAAUGGCGUUAAAUUCACGUUUUUGGUGGGAUGAUACUUCUUGUCAUAUUCUGCAUCUGCAAAACAAAAAUUCUUUAGAUUAGCUCCAGCUUAUUCCUCAAUCAAAUGGGUGGGUGGGUCUUGAGGGAGAGGUAGAAAGACCUGCAUUGGUGCUGCAGACAAGAAGAGAAAGCAUGAAAAAGCCACAAAGCAGCCAAACAACUCCUCUAAAGCUCCAUGAUUUCUCCAUCUCAGAGCCUUUCUAGUAGUGAUCAACAAUAUGUUUACAGAACAAUUUUCUGGUGUACACAAGCCUUAACUGUCUAGGGAGAAGUUUAAAUAGAAAAGAUCAAAAGGGUGAAGAAUGAUAUAGCCUAUAGAAUCAAUCAUCCCUUGUAUAUGCUCAAAGAAUAUUCUGGGAAGACCUUGGAUAUAUACAACACAACAGACAAUAGACAAGAAGAGUGUUCAACCUAACUGAUAAUCCAAAAACCAAGCAUUAAAAGAUUAAAGAAGAAGAAUUAGCAUAAAAUGGAUUUAUUGGUUGUACCGGUUUUCCAAAAAAUCGAUAAUUUCAAUGGGAAUUUCUUGUGCAGCAACAAGAAGAGCUGUCAAAGUUUCCAAACUAAGAAACCUCCUUACCUCCCCUGAGCAGCUGUCAAAGUUUCUCAUAUUAUAUAUUGAGGCCUUUUCAUCAUUGAUCCAUGUUCUUCAGCUCUGGUAACCUGCUGCUCUGGCCAUGGCGGAUGGAAGUCAAGCCAUCUUCUCUGCUCUUGAUAAUGCCAAGACUCAACUCUACCAUUUCAAGGCCAUUGUCAUAGCAGGGAUGGGGUUCUUCACUGAUGCUUAUGAUCUCUUUUGCAUCACUGCUGUCACAAAGCUAAUAGGCCGCCUGUAUUACUAUGAUCCCAUCAAGAAUGAGCCAGGGAAAUUGCCUACUAAUGUGAGUAAUGCCAUUACUGGUGUGGCCUUAUGUGGAACACUGGCUGGGCAACUCUUCUUUGGCUGGCUAGGUGACAAGCUUGGGAGGAAGCAUGUCUAUGGGAUCACUCUUGUCACCAUGGUGGGAUGUGCUGUGGCAUCAGGCCUUUCCUUUGGCUCCACAGCUCAUAGCGUCAUCGCUUCACUCUGCUUCUUCCGGUUCUGGCUGGGGUUUGGCAUUGGAGGGGACUACCCCCUCUCUGCCGUCAUCAUGUCUGAGUAUGCUAAUCAAAAAACCCGAGGCGCUUUUAUUGCUGCAGUGUUUGCAAUGCAGGGGAUAGGCAUUUUGGUUGCAGGGGCUGUGUCCAUGAUUGUUUCCAAGGCCUUCUUGGUUGCUUACAAAGCUGAAGUGUUUUCCCAGAACCAUGUCUUGUCUACUCAGCCACAAGGGGACUUUGUUUGGCGGAUUGUCCUCAUGUUUGGUGCUGUCCCUGCUAUGCUGACCUACUACUGGCGGAUGAAAAUGCCGGAAACCGCCAGGUUCACAGCCUUGGUUAAGGGAAACCAUGAGAAGGCAGCUGUAGAUAUGGCAAAAGUACUUGAACAGGACAUAGUUGUAGAAGAAUCAAAACCGAAAAUUCCAGUAACUCCCAGCCCUUCAUACGGGUUGUUGUCCAGGGAGUUUGUUAAGAGGCAUGGUCUUCAGCUUCUAGGGACUACCAGCACCUGGUUCUUGUUGGAUAUCGCCUUCUACAGCCUUCAACUCACACAGAAAGACAUCUACCCUGCAAUAGGACUAGUACCAAAGGCCUCGACAAUGAAUGCAAUAGAGGAGGUGUACAAAAUCUCCAAGGCAAUGUUCCUGGUUGCCCUCUUUGCAACUGUACCUGGGUACUGGUUCACUGUUUUCCUCAUAGAUAGGAUUGGAAGAUUCAUAAUCCAGCUAGGUGGGUUCCUCCUGAUGUCCAUUUUCAUGGCGGUGAUUGGAUUUCUCUAUGAUGAUCUCAGAGGAGAUAAGAAAAAGUGCCCCAAGGAGUCAACCAAUGAAUUCUGUGAGGGUAAACCAUACUUGUUUGCAGUUUUAUAUGGGCUCACCUUGUUCUUUGCCAACUUUGGACCAAACAGCACAACCUUCAUUGUGCCAGCAGAGCUUUUCCCGGCCAGGUUCAGGUCGACGUGCCAUGGUAUCUCAGCUGCAGCAGGGAAAGCAGGGGCCAUUAUAGGGGCAUUUCUGGUGCAGAGUUAUACUCAGAAUGUGGGUGAUAUCAAGAGGGCAAUUGUGGCUUUGUCUAUGGUGAAUUUGAUUGGGUUCUUCUUGUCUUUCUUGAUUCCAGAAACAAAAGGCAAGUCACUAGAACAACUCUCUGGGGAGGACCAGAAUGGAGGUGAUGGUGAAGGAGGAGUCAAAACAGAUGAAAAAGUUUAGUCCUUAAAUACUGGUUGCUAAGCUCUUGGACUGCAAGUAAUAAAACAAUUGUCAUAACCUCCACUGUACUGUAAAUUUGUAGAAAAAUAAAAUAUAUCAUGGCCCAUGCAGGUCUCGAACCUGCGACCUUCGCGUUAUUAGCACGACGCUCUAACCAACUGAGCUAAUAGGCCAUUUGUUAAUUAAAAAUUUUAUUUCAAUAGAUAAUUAUAAGAAGUACAUUUCAUACUUCAAUUGCACUCCAAACUAUUGCAUUUCAAUUGUCCUUGUCAUCUCCCAUCCUUCAACAAUUUCACUACAUAAAGAAGCAAAUGCCUUUAUGCAUACACCAAUAGAAACCAAAAAAAAUAAAAUUAUGUUCUCUAGGAGAAUUGAAUUGGAUAUGAGUAGGCCUAGUGGCAUCCCACAGAAGCUGCAGCCUUAACAAGAAGGCCAAAUAGCAGAAAUGGGGUGGAGAAAAAGGGGCUAUGGUCGCUCUCCAAAACGUACACAUCAGAAGGCGGCCACCUCUUUAUCAUCGCCUCUUGUUGCGCCGGUUUCACC